AUGAAGUCUGCCGCAGUCAUCCUAGUGAGCUCAUUGUCCACCAUUGUUGCUGGACAUGGCUACCUUGUCACCCCGGACAGUCGAACAAAGCUCGGAUUUGAGGCUGGAACUGACACAUGCCCUGAGUGCACCAUCCUCGAGCCUGUUGCCUCUUGGCCCGAUCUCGACGCAGCCCCCGUUGGCCGCAGCGGACCCUGCGGGUACAAUGCCCGUGUGAGCGUCGACUACAACCAACCCGGCGCGAGCUGGGGCACUGAUAUUGUCAAGACUUACAAAGCUGGCGAUGUCAUUGAUGUUGUGUGGUGUCUUGAUCACAACGGUGAUCACGGCGGCAUGUUCUCAUACCGUAUCUGCCAAGAUCAGGACAUCGUGGACAAGUUCCUCGACCCGGAUUACCUGCCAACCGACGAGGAGAAGCAGGCGGCCGAGGCCUGCUUCGAUGAAGGUCUUCUUGAGUGCACCGGUGUGGAUGGACAGACCUGUGACUACAGUGCCGACUGUGGUGAUGAUGAGGCUUGCCACCGCAAUGACUGGUUCACUUGCAACGGCUUUGACGAUACCAAGUGCCAAGGUGUCGACAACGCUGAGCUUGGCUCCUGCGAGACAACAAUCGCCGGCGGUUACACUGUCUCAAAGCAAGUCAAGAUUCCAGACUACGUCUCGAACCACACUUUGCUCUCCUGGAAGUGGAACUCUUUCCAGACUGGUCAGAUCUAUCUCUCUUGUGCCGAUAUUGCUAUCGAGUAA